AUGGCCGUAGUUCUUGGUCUGUACACUGCAACGGCUACCGUAAGCUUUUCUCCUGCUUCCACCUCGCAGAUGUCCGCUGCAGCAGGGACGGUACCCGCCGUCCUUCCCCACAGGCUCAAGCCUCGGAAUACUUCCGGCAAACGCGGCUUGUUGCAUAGGAGAGUGACGGCAAAGCUUCCUGCCGUCAACACCAGAGACGACAGCGCGGAAGGGGCCGACAACCGCCCUGUCCCUCUUCCCAGGCGCCAGUACCUUGCAGCGGCCGCAAGUUGCCUGGCGGCUCUGAGCUUAACUGGGGGAAUUCCCCCGGCGAGUGCAGCUAUCUUGGAGGCGGACGACGACAUCGAACUAUUGGAGAAGGUGAAGAAGGAUAGAAAGAAGCGGCUCGAACGGCAGGGCGUCAUCAGCUCUUCUUCCAGGGAGACUGGUAAGACGUUCUAAUGUCCGAUUCUUCACGCCGGGGAAUGUUUGGAUGUCCAGCGUUCGAGGAAUUCAUGAGGGCUACACGAAUGGCUCUGUGUGAUGUGGCUUCGCAGGAUAUCUGCAAGAGCUAGUGUACAAGCUCAGCAAAGUUGGUCAGGCCAUCGACGGCAACGACCUCUCCGCCGCGGGCACCAUUCUCGGCCCCAACGCUAAUGCGGACUGGAUGAAGAAUGCCAACGCUGCAUUUGCGAAGGUGGGUUUCUGAGCAGUCGAUUGACGGAUUCUUUUGGGGACUUGGGGUAUUUGCUCGCCGCGUGCUCCGUGUUCUAAUGAUCAGGACGUGGUGUGCUCUUUUGUGGUUUCUUCCCUGCUACCCACCAGCUGAGCUCCAGCUCCGAGGAGAAGAACGAAGUCCACGCCUUCAAUUCCUCGCUGGCCUCGUUGAUUACCUCCGGUGGGUUACGAGAUAGUGGCAUCCCCCACAGUCUAUUGAUUUGCUCAUAAGAAACUGGAGUAAUUCCCGCCUCUCUUCAACAAUAACCAUGGGAGGGGUGUGACUGUCCCGUUUACAGUUGCGAAGAUGGACGCGGAGUCCUCGAAGGAAGCUUUCGUGACGUCGGCCAACGCGCUGGAGAAAUGGGUCACCUUGGCGGGUUUGGUGGGGGAGAUUUCUGGCCUCUGA